AGUGUGCUCUUUUCUUUCGCUCGUUGAACGGUUGCACCAGGCUGAACUUCUCGGGCCCCCAUUUAAAGGCCCGACGGAUGAUUCACGCAGUCGCUUCUUUGUGCGCGACAGUCAUCGGCGAGCGACGCUGAAGCCGCCGAUUUCGACGAACCCCAAGAGUCGACGACGCGGACUCGGGAGGGAGGCAGAACUCUCUUGAUGGAUGUUGUGGAGCCCUCUCUGAGCUCCUCUUCACCACUGCGGCGGCUUCACGGUUCCCGUCGCCGUUGCGGCAGUCAGCGGCCGCGCUUUUGACCUGUCGCCGAAGCCCGCCGUAUCGAGGAGAUCGCAAUGCCGCUGAGCGCAGACUCUGGUGGGGUGAGGAAGCUGCUCCGGUCGGUGCUGGCCCGGUGCUGCUCCCUGACGCACCUGGUGGCCAUCUUCGACGUGCUGGUCCUUCUGGUGGCGGUCAUCUUCCAGGGCUCGACGCUCGAUUUCUAUCUGAUCCAGCACAACCAGGGCUCGGUCGCCUGGUACUUCUGGUUCCUCGCAGACUUUCUCGUCCUCAUUGGCAUCAUGUCGGCCGUCUUCCUGGCGCGCCGCCACUUCCGCCGGUUGGCGCUCUCUCCCGACCAACCAGACGAUGCCACGCCCGAGCCAGAACCGCCGCACCCGCUCCUGGGCCGCUUCCCACUGUGCUACCUGUCGUGGCUGCUGUACGCUCUGCUGCUGGUGGCCAAAGUGGUCCUGCUGUUUCGCAUGGACGUGGCACAGAAACUGCAAGAUGACAACGUGUACGGCUCCCAGUUUCUCAAGGCAGUGGUGGCGGUGGCGGCCGUGGUCUUUCUGCUGCUCGUCGAGAGUCACAACGAGGCGGGCGCCAGCUCGGAGCAGCGCACCUACCUGCACUCGCUGUGCACGGGCACCACCUUCGAGGUGCUGGACAGCGUCACCUUCCUGGGGCUGCUGUUCCCCAACGAGACCCACCUGGCGCUGACGUACCCGCUUGAGAACGCCGUGCUCGCGCUCACAUGCGUCAACUUUGUGCUACCCACCCUCGCCCUUUUCAAGUUGAGCCAGUGCGAGUUUGGCCAGCUGCCGCGGCCCCUCGGUCUCAAGCUGCUCUACAAGGUCUUGCACAUGUGCCUCAUCAACGUGCCCUACCUGGGCAUCCGCAUUUACCUCUGGAGCUUCUUCGGCCACGACGUCUCGCUCUUCCUUAUCAAGAACCUGCUUGGCAUCUACUCCGCGCUGCGCACGCUCAUCCCCGAGCUGCGCCUCUACAUCUUCCUUCUCUCCAACCGGCGUCGAAGCCACACCUGCAUCGCCGCCGAUCCCAUCGAGCUCAAGGUCAUCUGCGAAAAGGACGACCGGCACGGGGACAACGAUGGGGUGCCCGGCCGAUCGGUCGGGAAUGUGCUCUAGCCCAGACGUGAGUGCUGUGACUUCCUCGGACACGAAUGACGUCGUGCGCUUUUGACAUGCCUAACCGAAUCAGACUCGUGUUGGUGUGUUGUCUUGUGCCUCCGUUGAAGACUCUGUAGACGCCACACCUUAUUUUCUGAGCGUGCCAGCCUAAAGAGUGUUUUUUAUUUGUUUACUCAAUAUGGGUUUGCGAGUGACACCGUCGGCUCAAACGUACAUAUUUCGCUGGUUUCUCGAAUCACGAAUUGCUCGAUGUGUAAAAAAGAGGAAAGAAAGAACAGCCUCAAAACGAAAAGGAAGGUGUCCCUACCAGUCAUGAGCGCCACACAUGCGAGAUUUGAGAAUCGCGGAGGUGAGUGGACACUGCCGCUUACAUCACUGGAAAUUUGAAACUGCGUCAACAAUGAAACCCUAGCAAGUGGGGCCCAGCUUCAAGACUGCUCCAUCGUUCUCAAACCUGGCCCAUGUUCAGGUGCUUGGCAUUUUGAUGCAAGAGCACCUGCCGGCUACUUAAUGUACAAUCUCGUCUGGGGAAGUCCAGCCCGAAUGCUGCGUGACCUCUCCGCUUCUGAAGACUGCAGUUUCGCGUUUCGCUCUCAUGCCGAGGAAAGUAUGGGUACGUAGUUCUGGUCGCAUGCAAAGCGACCCGUAGGUUGCUUCGAGGACUGCUCACCGAUCAAAGCUACCGGGCCACAGUGCAGCAUUACCUCUCGGCAGCUUGUGCAAGUGCGGUUUGUUCAUUUGUUGAGCUUCGGCUUAUUGCAGCUUCUCUCCAGAUGCUGCAGUACCUUCUCAUAACUGCGACAUGUAUUUUACCUUUUUUCUUCAUCGUUGAGAAAUGCUUAGUAAGCCUGUUGUGUAUGUGAUUGCACCUUUUGUACAGAACAACAGCACUCGUGAAUCUCCUCACCCUAGUGCAUUGAAG